UCAAAGGUAGAAUUCAGCAUGGGAUUUUAAUGGAAAAUAAGAAGGCAGAGAAGGGAGGCCAGUAUGAUGGUUGGUAUAGGGCUUUGGGAUGUCCAUGGGUUUUUACGGUUUGGUUCUAUGGAUGCUGUCCUGCUAUGGUGAACUCUUUCUGUAAAAGAGUUUCAUCUUCUAUUCCAAGGAUUUUGAACUGGAGCAACACCAUUGUCACCAAAAAUCCAACUCUUCGAGACUUGAAGGGCAAGAUUUUUGAUUUGCCGUUGAACAAGUUGAAGAUCAAAAACAUGUGUCCUACUGAUGAAGAGAGGCAGAAGCUUCAACUUGACGGUUUAUUUCUUGACGACUCUAUUGAUGACCGUGGUGUAGCGAAGUAAUCCUUUGAGAGUGGGUCAUCUUCAAAGAAAUCUGAUUCAACGGAUAUUGAUUUAAUGAAAUAUAAGUUGGAGAUGGUUAUUUCGAAUCAAGCAUCAUUGGUCGAAGACUUCAUAUCCUUGAGGUGUUUUGUUGAUCUUAAUUUCAAGUCCGUAAUGACUGUAAUUAAGGAUAUUCAAGAGAAGGUUAAUGCCAUUCAUCGUCGUCCUUCUGAUGAGGUAUUUAUUCAUAGAUUAUUGUUUAUGUUUUUUCAUAUGUUUUUUUAGUUUCUUUACUGUUUCAUUUAAGUUGCAUUUAUAUUGUUUGAUUCAGGGAAAGUCUUCUAAUGAAUUAGUAACUCAAGAUUCUGAUGAUGAUGGUGAUGAUGAUGAUGAUGAUGAUGAUGAUGAUGAUGAUGAUGAUGAUGAUGAUGAUGAUGAUGAUGAUGAUGAUGAUGAUGAUGAUGAUGAUGAUGAUGAUGAUGAUGAUGAUGAUGAUGAUGAUGAUGAUGAUGCUGAGGAUGAUGAGAAGGAACUGCCUGAUCCAGAAAAUAUUGAUUCCGACUCCAAUGAUGGUGGUGAGUUGGUUAAAGUUGGUGGUGAUGUUGAUGAUGCUGACAAGGUUGUUACUGAUGUUGCCCCUGCUGAUUUGAAUCCAUCUGAGGUUGUUGGAGGGAGUGAUGAAAAUGCUACGGAUGUUGAGAAGCCAAAGGGUGAUGAGUCUCGAUUAAAGGGGGACGAUUUCUUUGAUGGGUUAAGCCAGCUUGAAAUAGAUGAUGAUCAAGUUGUGUUGGCUGGCUUGGAGGCUGUUGGUAAAAUCCAUGUAAGUGUAUUUUUAAUUGGUUGCAAGAAAAUUAGGUUUCUUUUUGGUUACUCAAUAGUUUUUAGUUUGUUUUGCAACUGUUUAAAUUCAGUCUUUCUUUUUUAGGUCCCCGCACCCAAUCCAGAUGUUGUUCGGAAAAAGUCAGCUGCCCUUCAUACUGAUGAAGAAACUGAGAACACUGUCUCUGAUACACCUCUUUUGGAUAAGAGGAAGCGUGCUCCGGCCUUGAAAUCUCCUUUUAUUGAUUUCGGGUCUGCUGAUGUGGGUAGCACUCCAAUGGAGGUUAUGUCCUCAGGUUCUCAAUCAGCUAGGGAUGAUAGGGAUUUUAAAAUGGUGACUUAUGUGAAGGGCCUUUAUGCUCUUAAUGAUGCAUUUGCUGAUCCCGUAUCUCCUGAGAUUGAGGCAAAAUUUGACGCGUGGAUUGGUCAAGGCUUGCUUAAACAUCCUAGGUGACUGUUUUUAUUAAAUUUGUAUUUGUAUUCUGUUUUAUUUUUCAGUUUUAUUCUGGUUUUUAUGUUGUUUUUUUGUUGUUUCUUUAUUGUUUUAGGCAUUACAAUUGUUAUGUUGAUGGCGCAAAGAAAUUUACCCCAGGUUUUAGGCUAGGUGUUGAUUAUGUGGAGGAUAAAACUUGGUUUUAUCAUUUGGCUACAUGCGACAUGUUUAUAAAUGACUUGGUAAAGUUUCCAUUUUCUAUUGUAGUUAUGAUAGUUUGUUUUCAGUUGCUUUUUAAAUGUUUUUAAGUUUUGAUACUGUAUUACAGUUUUUUAACAGUUGUUCAACAUUUUCAUUUGUGUUUCUGUGUUGUUUUUGUUUCAGCAUAUGAACACCAUAUUCUAUUACCUUAGGAAAAAAGGUAAAUAUUCUUCCGUUGUGACGUUGAAUUUUGCGACAACUGAUUGUCUCUUUGAUGAUUCCAUCCAAGCUUUGUACCAUAAAUAUAACAAAGCCAAGUCAAUGAAGACUAAGAUGUCACACAUUCACGCUGCCCACCCAAUAGUGCAUUACAUUCGAGGUUUGCGCAUUCCGUGUUCUAAGCCUUGGUAUGAAGCCGAUCAUGUGUUAUUCAUCAUCAAUCUAAGGAGGGAAAGUCAUUGGGUGUUUGGUCGUCUUGACUUGAAUGAAGGGAUUCUGUUUCUGUAUAAUUCUCUGAGGACUGCGAAAAUAAAUGCUGCAGCUAGGAAUGCCAUGAAGGCUUAUUCUGUGUUGCUGCCUUUGUUUUUUGAUCUACUUAGUUUCUGGAAGAAUAGGUCACAUGCUCCUGCUUUAGGUUCUGACCCUACAGCUCCUUUAAGAAUCGUAGAGAUUAGUGGUCUACCGUCUCAGCACAAAAGUGAGUGUUUCUUUUAAGUUUAUUUUAUGUUGUUUUUUAGUUGCUAAACUGUUUAUAUUUUUUCUGUUUUAAUAGUGAUUGCGGAGCAUAUGUUGCUGCAUUUGACGAGUUCUUUAUCCACGGAACGGAUGUUCCUGCGGACUUUGAUAUCGAAGUUUAUCGUACUCGGCUUGCUGCACUUUUCUUCUCAUAUGGCCAAAGGAAAAUUGAUGAAAGCAUUGAUAGUGAGGAUGAGAAGCAAAGCAAGUCUUCUAAGGCUUCUAAAUUGAAAAAAUAGGAUCUUUUAUUUUGGUGACUAUUUUGUGUUAUUGGUUGAAUCUAUUAUCAGACAAUAGUUAGUGUUAUUGGUUGAAUAUAGGUAUUAUAUUUGGUUUUAUACUCUGGAUCUGGUUUAAAACUUUUAGGAUAUUUGACAUUUAGUCCUUAUAAUAUGUUUACUGUAUAGGUUUGUAUCAGCAAAAGUUGUAUAUUUUUCUAAUUGUUCAAGUUUUUAUAUACAGUCGCACAACUAUAGAGAAACUAUUAUCCAACUGAAUACAAACAAUGUACUUAUAUUUCUAAAUUGUGCUAUGAAUGUAUUUUUAUUCUCUGUUUUUCCAUUGCUCCUUUUUCCUUUAUUUAGUUAUGUUUUAUCAAUUCUUACCUGACUGCUUUUAAAACUGUAACGAAGAAGUUAUUCCUGUACUUAAUAUUUACGAAGUGUCGCAACUGUAACAAAACGAUGUUGCAACUAUUAAAAAACUGUUUCAAAUUUCAUAAAAAAUGAAAUCCCAUGUAUUUAGAACAUAACAUAUCAACCUGUUUGAAUUUGCACACAGAAUUAAACAAUUCAAAUAUUUCAUAUGUAUCUAUUUUAUUGCUUGAUUGUUGCAUGUCUUUCGAUUGUGUCCGUGUUGACCACAUUUGCUGCACCUGUUAUGUUUUUUUGUAUCCCAUUCAGAUAAAAACCUUCGUUUCCUUGGUCUUCCAGAUCUUAUUUUCUGGUUUGGUGGCAGAACAAUGAUAUCUUUUAUGUUUUGUGGCACAUCCCAUGUUGUGUGAUUGUGUACCGGAUAUGUUGAGUCGCUGUAUGUUUCAAGCCAUGUUCUUGUGGUGUAAUAAACUGAACAGUAGUUGUAAACAUUCAAGUUCAUCUCUUUUAGAAUAGCAAGUGCAUGAGCACACGGUAACUCGUCAAGUUGGAAUCGGUUGCAACUGCAUGUUUUCUCCUUGAGGUUGAUGACCCAUGAUCUGGUUAGUUCUACGACUUCGAACAUGGUCUCGUUUAUUGGUUUUACCUGCGGAUUAAGUAAAUUUAUAAAAUUGUUAUUAUGUAUAACAACGGAAAACAAACUAUUAAGAAACUAUAAUGCAACUAAAAUAUUAAACAGAUUAUUACAUUUUCUGUCAAUGAGUCCACAAAGUUGUUGACUAAUUUCUUCUCUGCCGUAGGUGUUAAAAAUGUUGUUGUUUUCUGUGCUUUCUUCCUGUUUGUGUAUGUCCAUUGUUGUAUCAAAGCUCUCAAUGACUCCAUCAGUGUUGUGAUUGGUAGCUCUCUAGCUACUAAGUUUGCUGCAUUUAGAGAUUCAGCAAUGUUUGAAGUCAUAGUUGAAUACCUGUUGUUUUUGCAGUGGUAUCUUGACCAUUUGUGGUAUCCAACUUGUUGUAAAUAUGGUCUGACACGGAUGUCCAAGCUGUCCAACUC